CGUCAUGUCUGAGUUAUUCUCAAGAUCUUGCAGAAGCUCGCGUCUGAGGGAUGUCUUCAGACUUAUAUGUUCAAGUUGGAGCUUUGUUGCUCGCAGUGAGCCCUGCAGAAUUCCUUGGACUACUCAAGAAAGUGCGAAGCAAGCCACAAAUUGCCGCUCCAUCCUUUGGGUGCACUUUCUGGAUAUAUCACUGGCACAUUUGGAUCUGCGCAUUGGCUCUAGGAUCUUGCUCAGUCAUCUGUUGGAUCAGUGAUUCAACCUUCCAAUCGGCAGCAGGCCACGGAUUGCCGCUCCAUCCAUUCAACAUUGGGUGCUAUAUUGCUGGCACAUUUGGAUCCGCGUAUUGGCCCGGACCCGGAAUCUUGCUCGGCCAUCUGUUGGAUCUUAACUUUAUCUCUCAUGGGACCCAUCUGGAAGCUUCAUUUCUCCGUCGUUCGAUUGGCACUGACACUGACAUAGCCAGGUUUACAUUGUGAUUGCAAGUAGAGCGCAAGCAAGGCGGUUUUCCCUCUGGUUUUGGUCACUGAAUCGUCAAUUUAGAAAGAACUUAUUUGAUAUACUUCCAACGUAUUCCUUCCUUCCACAAUAAUAAGCAUCAGACAACCCGGGGGAACUGGUUUCGUCGAUGCUGUGUGCAUCGUUAUUCUUGAACUCCAAUGGCAAUCACCAGCUCUCCUAUGUGGAGUUAAGCGCAUUCGAACAUGUAGUCUGGCUCUGACCAUAUCAUGAAAAUUGAUUUGGGACA